CCGAUUUGCUUGCGUUAUAAUAGCUGCUGUAUGCAUUUUUUCUAACUCGAAGUGUUUCAGUAUACAAAUUCGAAUUAUUCAUGAAAUAGAUAUCAUAUUUUAUUCAAACUUUAAGAACUACCAGGCGUUAUCGCAUUGCGUAGCUCAACCCUACAGUGCUUUGGUAUAAAAUACCUCUGGAAAAAGUAAGUUAUCAAUUAGACUUUCAAUUUUCUCUUCGAUAAUUAACUUAACAAUAAUUUAUGAUUUCCAGAAGUUGAUGGUUUUAAGUUUUAUGUGUAAAAUAAAACUUUAUUCUCUGUGCUCGAAUUUAUAAAACUUUUGAAUAAUGGAUUCCGUGGUCGAUCACUAGACUGUACAUACUUAUCUUCGAUCUCGUUGGUGAUUUCAAUUUCAAAUUACAUUCGAAGAAUCGUACAGUCUGUAGUAACUUAAGAUUCUUUGAAUGUCGUGAUCGGGGACGGUUGGAUGAAAUAUUUUUAUCAGUCUUCAUAGCAGAGUCUGCAGGUAAUUGGCUUCGUCAGCAAGACGUGUUUCUGGAAACGAAACUUGCAAAACCUCGUGCAUCCGAAGUCGCUACAUUCUAAUCAAGCGAAAUGGAGACCGAAUCGUGGUUGGCCUAUGUUUGGUGGUCAUAUAUUUUGAUUGUGAAAAUGAUGAUUUUUACUUGGUACACAGGGCGACUUCGAGUACACAGAAAAGUGAUUCACAGCGAAUCGGAUAGAAUCUUCGUUGCAGAACCAGGAGUGAUUUUGGAUCCCACGGGGGGUGGACACCCGGACAUAGAUCGUAUAAGAUCAGUUCAUCGUAGCGAUUUAGAGAUCGUUCUACCGUUUCUAAUAAUCACCUUAAUUUGGCUAGAAACUUCUGUGCCACCAUCAGCCGUCAAAUCAGUUCUACGGUGGUUUACAUUCAGUAGAAUUUGUCACAGUUUAUUCUACAUGGAAAUCAUUAUCGUUCACCAAUUGAUUAAAAUAUUCAUUUCUGUACUAAGUUACGCAUUGGUCACUUACGUUGCCGUCUCCUGCAUUUUAUUCUACGCAUGAAGAUUGGUUAUUAUUAAUGUUUACACUUUCAAGCUGAAUAAAAAAUCAUUUAUCGGUU